AUGUCAGCGCCAGUGACACCACAACCGCAGAAAACUACUGCUGUGGGCUCGGGAAUUGGAUACCCACAGCUUGCUUCCAUCAGGAAAAGACUCAUCAACGCCUCCUUUGACAGCUACAAUGAGGAAGACGAUCCAACGUUUAUCGCCGAUGAGAAUACUGAAGUGAGCGAUUCAGAGGACCUGGUGUCUGUGAUCAGCACAGAUAUACUGUUGAGUGAUGCUACAGACGAAUCUGUAGCUACAAAGCGAGGCGAUUUGACGGAGAAGGGCGUUAGUGUUGGUCAAAGUGAACCGGAACCCGAGACCUGGAAACAAUGGAUGAUCAGACACGAAAUCCCCAGAAAGGCUCUACACUCAUCGAUUGGUCCCUUCGCAUUGUACUUAUACGUGCUUGGGUGCACCAUGAACCAAAUCUUGUAUCCAUUACUGGCGUUGACGUUGGUUCUCUUUCUUAAUGACUUUAUCAGGCUUCGUUAUCCAGGAUACAACGCGGUUGCAACCAGAUUGUUUGGUGUGAUUCUGAGGCAGUCGGAGAUACACGGCUACAAUGGAACGCUAUUCUAUGCGUUGGGCGUUUUGAUGGUGUUCACGUCAGCACCCAAGGAUAUUGCAGUGAUGAGCGUAUUACUCUUGAGCUGGGCAGACACCGCGGCGCUGACGGUUGGCAGACUUUGGGGCAAGUACACGCCGCAAGUGAUGCCAGGAAAGUCGUUGGCAGGAUGCAUUGCCAGUUUCCUUACUGGAGUUGUCCUGUGCUACUUAUUCUACGGAUACUUUUGCAACGUGUACAGCUACGUGAACAAACCUGGCGACAUAUUCUGGACCCCUGACUCGAGCUUGAUGAACUUGCACGUAUACGCCGUUGCCACUGGAGUGGCCGCAUCUGUGUCGGAGGCGGCAGAUAUUGGCGGCAUCGACGAUAAUCUCAUCAUCCCCGUUUUGAGCGCUAUUCUCCUUUAUGGGUUGGUAUACGCCACAAAGGUGUAA